UCGAAGGCCACGCCCCGCACAGGAGCCGUAUAUAAAGGGACAAGCAGUCAGCAGACACAAGAUCCUCAGUGAGCCAAGAAGAGGUCCAACCAUGAAGCUUGCGGCAAUCACACUGGUGUGUUUGGCAGCGGCCGUGGUAACACACGCCGAUCCCGAACCACACAAGUAUUAUCACUACCCCAACUACCACUAUUAUCCUUACAAUCAUCAUGUCAAACCACUGGAAGGCGAUGGAGUGGCUAGACAUCCAGGUGGCGGUACUUCCUUCGUGGCUCCUCAAGUUCAUGGCCUCACUAAACGCUCAGCUGACCUGAUGCCCGAAGCUGACCCUGAACCAGAAGCUGACCCUGAUUCCGCCAAUAGCUAUAGUUACCAGGUAGUCCACCAUCGCCAUCCCCACUAUGGAUACCACAAUGGCUAUCGCUACCCUUACAAUAGCUACCACUACAACCACUACUAUGGUUAUCCUCACAGAUACCACAACCACCACAAGAGAUCAGUCGAAUCUGAACCCGAACCUGAACCUCAUUACACCUAUCACGGACGCCCUCACUACUACAACAGAUACUAUCACGGCUAUCCUCACUACUAUCCUUACUACACCGGUUACCGCUACCGCUACAGGGGAUAA